CUUUCUCUUCAUGGUUCUUGAUGAAGCAAUCGAGAGCACGCAAGAUUUAAAUUGCAAGGCGCAAAAGCGAGGGACUUGCGGCGCGGGACUGCCCAAAAAAGGUUCAUAUUUGAGGCCGCGGACUUCCUCGGGUGGUCCGUGCUUCGCGGAGCAGAAAAAAAGGUUAUCGCUCGAAAAGUCCGAAUCGGGUCCUCGCAACCUGCAGAGACACGAACCUCGUGCAACCUAAUUGUCUCAACUGCGAUUUACAUGCCGGCUGCAAGCGCAGUUCUUCCUCUACAUCUUAUUACUCUCCGUCGAAUUUGAUCCCCAUAGUGCUUUCAAGGCAGCGCGUGACUAUCGAGCCGUCGACAUCGUACGUUGCGGCCACCUCGUCCUCGAGCAUUCGCAUACAACUGGUAUCUACCUAGUCGCCAUGGCACCUAAAUCGGAAGAGAAGAUUACCGUCUCGGACGACGACGUCUCUAUGGCAUCCUCCUCCGCUGCCGAGUCUGCGACGAGUUCGGAGGGUGAGUCGAGCAGUGAGAGCGGAAGCGACAGCGACAAUGAGAGCACCACAACCUUGACCAAGCCUUCAUCUCGUGCUUCCGCCCACGCUCCUCAACAGUACAAGCCACCUCCUGGGUUCAAGUCCGUGAAACAGCAGAUUGCCCCGAACAACAAUGUUUCGUCGCUUCUCUCCGACCUGCGCGGCAAGCAGGUUUACCACAUCACUGCGCCUGACUAUCUCCCCCUCUCGAAAGUCGAAGAAGUCUCCUUAGCCAAGAUCAUGCAAGGCAAGCCGGUCCUUAAAUACAAGGGCGUACAGUAUGGAAUCCCCGCGGAAAGCAUUACGCAGAGCGGCGUGGCCGGACAGGCUCUUCAGCUUUACGAUCAAAAGACCAAGACCUACUACAGUACGGCAGCUAGCAACAUCCCGAGCUAUCACAUCCAAGAACUGGUGGAUGCGCCCCGUGAUUCGGAGGAGGAUAUUCUCGCAGCCGUCAAGGAGCAGGUCAAGCCUCCGCGCAAGCAACCUAAGAACCUGAAGAUGCGCUUCCAUCCCGUCGGCAGCGGACAGUUGCCCCCUGAGACGAUCGGGUCCAGCUCUGAAGAAUCAGAAGGGGAGGCACCUACAUUCAAGGUUCCAAAGUCCCUAGAGAAGGAACGGGAAGAACGGAAGCGCAAGCACCACCCUACGGAGGAAGAAGGAGCCCACGUGAGCGAGACCUCCCGCAAGAAGUCCAAGAAGCACACAUCUGCCCAGGGAGUGGAGCAGGGAGAGGCCGGUGAGGAUAAGAAGAGCAAAAAGUCGUCGAGUAAGAGCCGAGAGGAGAAGAAGCGAAAGAAAGCGGAUAAGGCGGCUUGAUUGUGGCGGUCAUCGGUGUAGUCUUUGUUUUCUUUCUUUCGAUUUAAAAAGUUGGCAUUAUUAGACCAGGUGUAAUCUUGCGGUUUUGUUGGGCAUGUGACCUUUGUGACUCAUUGCUGUCUACUUGUAUAUACACAAUCAUCGUCUGCAUCGCACAUUGUAGCGAGGUAGGACUCUAUUUUCAGCAAUGUUCUUCUGGGCCCACCGCCGGCCACAAAUUAGUGUCGAUCACCCCCAACUUUGGGUUUCGAACAAGGCUGCUAGGCGUAGCCACUAAUUUCUUGUACUGGAGCAUCGUGGAUCAUGGAAACGAUAGAUUAACUAGAAGCUGGGGCCUGUCAGGCUGCCUGAACUCGGAUCACCACAUCAGGUGGCAGCAAUCUGUAAUAUCCUUUGGUUCAACAGCCUCAUCAAACAACAACUAACUACUACCUUGUGGAUGGGAUGACACCUUCAAAGGUAAGGUAGUCAG